UGCUUGUAUCGAUCCGUCCAGCCUGAGUUGAAGCAGCAAUGAGUUCAGUUCAGUAUCUGAGAGAGUUCAUCAAGGAGAGACUAACUGCUGUUUGUGAAGAAAUCUUCUCAGAGGUUCAAAAAACCAUCGUCCAGUAUGAGGAGGAGAUCAACCGUCAGCACAGACUGCUGGAUAUCAGCCGGAAACCCGACAGAAACUCACACAUCACAGUUCCUGAAGACCUCCCACAACAACACGACUGUGUGGAAAAUGAGAGUCUGGAUGAGCAGCAGGUCUGUAACCAGGAGAGGAACUCCAGUUUAAUCUUUUUCCAGAUUAAAGAGGAACAGGAGGACCCAGAGCCUCCACAGAUUAAAGAGGAACAGGAGGAACUGUGCAGCAGUCAGGAGGGAGAGCAGCUUGGACUGAAGCAGGAGGCUGAUACCUUCAUGGUGACUCUAACUUAUGAGGAAAGUGACCACAGUGAACCAGAACCAAACAGUGAGCAGUACCUUCCCAUCAGCUCUCCUGAAGCAGAGCUGAAGAAGAGAACAGAUCACGGUAAAAGUCUAGACGACACUCUUGUGUCAGACAGUCAGACUAAGACUCAUACAAGGAAAAAUUCUGUACAAUGCAACACCUGUGGAAAAAUGUUUCCCUAUAGAUCCCAUCUGGUUACACAUCUGAGAGUUCACACAGGUGAGAAGCUGUAUUCUUGUACCGUUUGUGGGAAAAGAUUUGGUCAGAAAUCCGAUUUGGAACGUCAUGUAAGAAUUCACACGGGGGAGAAACCGUAUUCUUGUGCUAUUUGUGGUAAAAAAUUCAGAGAGAAGUCAGGUAUGGAGCGACAUGUGAGAAUUCAUACAGGUGAGAAACCGCAUUGUUGUAGCAUCUGUGGGAAAAGAUUCAUCCAGAUGAUACAAUUAAAGAAACACAUGAAAAUUCAUACUGGUUAAGGUUUCAUGCUUAGAAAAUGUGGGACAGCUGUGAGUCAUAGCAGCGUGUUGGUGGUAGAGCUCACACUGACCAGAAGUCAAAUUACUGCAACACCUGAGUGAAAAGCCAUUCUCAAAGUGAAGAGUGAAGCUCACUUAAAAAAAACAACAACCCAGAAACAUUGUAAUUCUUUAUUCUAAUCAAAACACAAGAGUGAUUUAUUUGUUGAAACUUUUAUUCAUAAAACAGAAGCAACAAAGGUUGUUGGUUAUAAAUUGAUAAUGCUGCCCAUUCAUACUUAGCAUUAAGGCUAAAGUGUGACCCACCUGCCACUGGGACACAAACGUCAGUAAAAGAGCAGUAAGUUCUGAGUAAACUUAUCAAGUCCUAUGUUGGUUGUAAUUCACUUUUUAUUUAAAUAAAUGUAUUUUCUAUAAAAAUGUACCUUAACCUGCUCCUAAGUAAUGUAAAGCUGAAUUUCUGUUCUUAUUACUGCAGCCCACAUGCAGUACCAUCAUGGCCCACCAGGAAGCACUGGCCUGCACUUUGCUGCCUUAUUCUAAUAAUUAUUUCAGGGAAGACCUGACAUUCUUACAUUUCAUGAAGGUUCUAGUACAGUAUGCUCCUGUUCUUUUAUUUUAUUGUUUAUUGGAGUUAAUUAUCCUUUCUCAAAGUUUAAAUAAAUAUUUC